UCCCACUGGGAGGUCCCGGUCCCACCCCAUCCCAACAUCAGCUACAUGGAGGCGGGCUGCUCUCUCCUUACUGCCAACCCCAUGGAGGCGGGGCAUUAUCCUGCCCACCCCUGGACAUGUGGCCAGGCCACCUGCCCCACAGCAUUUAUGAGGGCCACCCUGAGCUUCAGCAGUGCCAACCCGGCUUCGUGCUCCUCCAGCCACCGCUCAGUCCCACAGGGCCCGUGUAGACCAUGCAGCAGCCCCUCCAGCUUCCCGUGCAGCAGCCCCCAGGCUGUGGUAAGAGCAGCCUGCUGAGCAGCAGUGCCGGCGCAGCUGGUGCCAUCCCGAAAGGGCCAGUGGUCUGCAGCACUGUGAGCGGGAACCCCUAUGCGGGGCUGGUGAGCCACCUGCGGGCAGCCUGGCUCUCGGGGAAGACACGGCCCUUGGAAUACCGUGUGGCACAGCUGGAGGCCCUGGGCCGCUUCCUGGAGGAGAAGAAGCAGGACAUCCUGGAAGCCACUGCGUUGGACAUGGGCAAGCCAUCCUUUGAGGCCUAUUUCACUGAGAUUCUCCUCUGCAAGAAUGAGCUCAAUGACACCCUCAACAACUUGUCUCACUGGAUGAAGGAUGAGCACGUGGACAAGAACCUGGUCACACAGCUGGACUCAGCUUUCAUCCGCAAGGACCCCUAUGGGGUGGUGCUCAUCAUCGCGCCCUGGAACUACCCCAUCCACCUCUUCCUUGUACCUCUCAUCGGUGCUAUUGCUGCUGGUAACUGUGUGGUCAUCAAACCCUCAGAGAUAUCCAAGAACACUGAGAGGCUUGUGGCUGAAAUGCUGACGUGCUAUCUGGACAGUGACUGCUUUGCCGUGGUGACUGCUGGUGUGGAGGAGACCACCAG